AUGCCAGAUAAAUGUUUAGAUAUAGUUACAGCUCUUAAAGAACAAUAUAAUUUAGAUUUAAUCACAACUUACCAUGGAAAAAUAUCUAGUAAUAAACAAAAAAAAACUUUAACAGGUUGGAAAACUGGUCUCUAUCGUUAUAUAGUAGCAACUAAUGCUUUUGAAAUAAGUAUACAUAUUGCUGAUAUAAAAGUAAUAAUACAUACAACAUUUCCAAUCUCUAUUACAAAUCUUGUACAAGAAAUUGGCCAUGCUGCACAUGAUGACAAUCCUGGAAAAUCUAUAAUAUUCUAUUUACGAAAAAAGUUGUUGAGAAUGAUUGCGGAGGGAAAGUUAAUAAGUUUUGGAAGAGAGGAGUUAGUAGAUAUUUUCUUAAAAGCUGAGAACAAAAAUACAAAAGAUAAAAACUUAUCAUUGUUUUGGAAUGAGGAAGAAGAUGCCUCAUAUAAACCAAUAAUUUCUACUCGAGAU